AUGGCGGACGAAAAAAUGUCUUCUCUUCUGCGCGAAUGGAAUUUCGACAGCUAUAUAGAGAUUUUAGAGAUUGCUAAAGGUAAACCACCUGUAGUAGGAUAUGUUCCGUUUGGCCCUGCACCAUGGCUCAAAGAUUACAUUGGUGGUCCAAAUUAUCCGUCUGUUCGACCAUUUCUAACAAGCAUGAUAAAACCCGUAAAUUUAUGGCAAAGAACAUGGAAUGUUUUAUAUUACAUUUCAAGUGAUGUCUUACGACAUUACUAUUAUUUUCCAACUCUUCAACAGUUUGCUGAGAAAUUUGUAGGUCACGCGAUCAGAUCAUUACAUGAAAUAGAAAUAGACAGAAUUAAUAUUUUAUUACUUAAUACUCAUGCUGCAUUUUCGUCUGGAAUUCCCUUACCACCAAACACUAUGGAAAUUGCAGGAUUGAAUGUCCAGGCCGUACAACCAAUUUCUGGUGAGGUAGUUGAAUCGCUUCCCGAGGAUAUACGUGUAUUUCUUGAUGGAGCAAACAAUGGAGCUAUCGUAAUAUAUUUAGGAACAAAUGUAAAAUGGAAAACUAUUGGGUUAGACAAAAUCAAGGCCGUUAUGCAGGCUUUAUCGAAAUUGAAGCAACGAGUACUAUGGAAAUUGGAGAUUGAAGUGCCAUUUCAAAUACCGAACAAUACAAUGAUUGUGAAAUGGAUGCCACAAAGCAAAGUUUAAGUAUAUCCUUUGAUUCUUUACAUAAGAAUUGAGAGUGACCAAAAAAUUAAACAACUUUUAAAUUAAUAAGAAAAUUAUGUUAAAAUUUGAGAUAAUUUAGAAAUAAUUAAAUACAAUGAUACAGCAAUCUGUAAAAGUUUAAAACUUUUUAAAUAAUAUUUUGAACUGUGUCACAUAUAUUCAGUAAUUUACGGAUUAAACGAACUCACAGAGUGAAGUUUGAUAGUUCAAAACCAAUAAAGGCCAGUAAGUCGUAAACUCGAAAAAUUGGGUGGGAACAGGUGAAAGCUAAGCAGGAACCAAGGUGGGAAAGUCCAUCCGGACGAGACCCCCAGCAUAAUUACGAUCGAAUUUCACUCGGUGAGUUUGUUUAAUCCGUAAAUUAUGUCUAGGGUCUCGUCCGGAUGGACUUUUAACUAUGUAGAUGUUCAAAGCGCAAAUUAACUGGCCGCAGUAACGGAAGUAAAGACACGUCUGCUUUUUUUUAAACGAGAAAAAAAAAAUUCCGAGAAGAAAGAAAAAAUUGUCUAGUUAAGGACUAUGCAGAGGAGGUACUUGCAAAUGAAAUGGAGCGAAUGCGUCAGAAUCUACAAUUGACGAUUAUAAAAAUUAGCAAAUAAAUGCGACUCCCCUGACCAGUUUGCGGCCCUCUUUAUAAUAUAAGGUCCACAGGAGCUCCUUGUUUGGCUGCAAGGGAUGUAGACGCGUGGCGGAUGCUAUGCGCCGUAAAAGAGCCGUCUAUCCCACAGACCGCGAGAACUCUCCGAAUCCAAAGACCUAUAGUCUGGCUUCUCACCGGUCCAAAAGGUUGUUUUAAAGCAAUAGACAAAUCAUAAUCUUCCGGCCGCAAGCUCGCAGUACGGUCCAGACAAUCUGAAAUGAGCGCCACUAAAUAUAAGUUAUCAUGACCC